AGCCCGUGACGCUGCGUUGAGCCGAGCUCAGAGGAGACGAGGGGCACUCGCGCUGCCGCCCCCGCCUCGCGCACCCUGCGCCCCACUUCCAGGGCAGCCACUUGGAAACAGCCCCCUUGCCUCUCCCAGCGCUGUCCCAGGCAGGCUGGGAAGCGAGCGGCCGACAAGUUUGGGCGCGCGCGGGCGGCGGGCCGCUGGCACCGUGCGCCCCGGGAGGGGCGGCCGCCGCUCCAGGCUCGGCGUCCCGGGCGCACUUUGGCUAUGGAUUCUCCCGUGCGACGGCGGCUGCACCUUCGCUCCCGCCGCCUCCUGCUUCUUGUCUCCGGACUCCUACUGCCUCUCUGCGGCGCCUUCAACCUAGAUGUGGACAGUCCCGCCGAGUACUCUGGCCCGGAGGGAAGUUACUUCGGCUUCGCGGUAGAUUUCUUCGUGCCCAGCGCGUCUUCUAGGAUGUUUCUUCUAGUGGGAGCUCCCAAAGCAAACACUACCCAGCCUGGGAUUGUAGAAGGAGGGCAAGUACUCAAAUGUGACUGGUCUUCUAGCCGCCGGUGCCAACCAAUUGAAUUUGAUGCAACAGGCAACAGAGAUUAUGCCAAGGAUGAUCCAUUGGAGUUUAAAUCGCACCAGUGGUUUGGAGCAUCUGUGAGGUCAAAACAGGAUAAAAUUUUGGCCUGUGCUCCCUUGUACCACUGGAGGACUGAGCUGAAACAGGAGAGAGAGCCUGUUGGAACUUGCUUUCUUCAAGAUGGAACAAAGACUGUUGAGUAUGCUCCAUGCAGGUCAAAAAAUAUUGAUGCUGAUGGACAGGGAUUUUGUCAAGGAGGAUUCAGCAUUGAUUUUACUAAAGCUGACAGAGUACUUCUUGGUGGUCCCGGUAGUUUUUAUUGGCAAGGUCAGCUUAUCUCGGAUCAAGUGGCAGAAAUUGUAUCUAAAUAUGACCCCAAAGUUUAUAGCAUCAAGUAUAAUAAUCAGUUAGCCACUCGGACUGCACAAGCAAUUUUUGAUGACAGUUAUUUGGGUUACUCAGUGGCUGUCGGAGAUUUCAACGGUGAUGGCAUAGAUGACUUUGUUUCGGGAGUUCCAAGAGCAGCAAGGACUCUGGGCAUGGUUUAUAUUUAUGAUGGGAAAAACAUGUCCUCUUUGCACAAUUUUACUGGUGAGCAGAUGGCUGCAUAUUUCGGAUUUUCUGUCGCUGCCACUGACAUUAAUGGGGAUGAUUAUGCAGAUGUGUUUAUUGGAGCACCACUUUUCAUGGAUCGAGGCUCUGAUGGCAAACUCCAAGAGGUGGGGCAGGUCUCCGUGUCUCUGCAGAAAGCUUCCGGAGAAUUCCAGACUACAAAACUGAACGGGUUUGAGGUCUUUGCACGGUUUGGCAGUGCCAUAGCUCCUUUGGGAGAUCUGGACCAGGAUGGCUUCAAUGAUAUUGCAAUUGCUGCUCCCUAUGGGGGUGAAGAUAAAAAAGGAAUUGUUUAUAUUUUCAAUGGAAGAUCAACGGGCUUGAACACAGUGCCAUCUCAGAUCCUCGAAGGGCAGUGGGCUGCACAGAGCAUGCCACCAAGCUUUGGCUAUUCCAUGAAGGGAGCCACAGACAUAGACAAGAAUGGAUAUCCAGACUUAAUUGUAGGAGCUUUUGGUGUAGAUCGAGCUGUGUUAUACAGGGCCAGACCUGUUAUCACCGUAAAUGCUGGCCUUGAAGUAUACCCUAGCAUUUUAAAUCAAGACAAUAAAACCUGCCCAUUGCCUGGGACAGCUCUCAAAGUUUCCUGUUUUAAUGUCAGGUUCUGUUUAAAGGCAGAUGGCAAAGGAGCACUUCCAAGGAAACUUAACUUCCAGGUGGAGCUUCUUUUGGAUAAACUCAAGCAAAAGGGAGCAAUUCGGCGAGCACUGUUUCUCCAUAACAGGUCCCCGGGUCACUCCAAGAACAUGACAAUUUCUAGAGGGGGACAGAUGCAGUGUGAAGAGCUGAUAGCAUAUCUGCGGGAUGAAUCUGAAUUUAGAGACAAACUUACUCCAAUUACUAUUUUUAUGGAGUAUCGGUUGGAUUAUAGAACGGCCGCUGAUGCCACAGGCUUGCGUCCCAUCCUGAACCAGUUCACCCCUGCUAACCUCAGUCGACAGGCUCAUAUUCUACUUGACUGUGGUGAAGACAAUGUCUGUAAACCCAAACUAGAAGUUUCUGUAAAUAGUGAUCAAAAGAAGAUCUAUAUUGGAGACGACAACCCUCUCACAUUGAUUGUUAAGGCUCAGAAUCAAGGAGAAGGUGCCUAUGAAGCUGAGCUCAUCAUUUCCAUGCCACCGCAGGCUGAUUUCAUUGGGGUUGUCCGAAACAGUGAAGACUUAGCAAGACUUUCCUGUGCAUUUAAGACAGAAAACCAAACCCGCCAAGUGGUAUGUGACCUGGGGAACCCAAUGAAGGCUGGAACUCAACUCUUAGCUGGUCUUCGAUUCAGUGUUCACCAGCAAUCAGAGAUGGAUACUUCUGUGAAAUUUGAUUUACAAAUCCAAAGCUCUAAUCUUUUUGACAAAGUAAGCCCAGUUGUAUCUUACAGAGUUGACCUUGCUGUUAUAGCUGCUGUUGAGAUAAGAGGAGUCUCAAGUCCUGAUCAUAUCUUUCUUCCGAUUCCAAAUUGGGAGCACAACGAGAACCCUGAGACUGAAGAAGAUGUUGGACCAGUUGUUCAGCACAUUUAUGAGCUGAGAAACAAUGGUCCCAGUUCAUUCAGCAAAGCCAUGCUAAAUCUUCAGUGGCCUUAUAAAUAUAACAACAACACUUUGUUGUACAUCCUUCAUUAUGACAUCGAUGGGCCAAUGAACUGUACUUCAGAUAUGGAGAUCAACCCUUUGAGAAUCAAGAUCUCAUCUUUGCAAACAGCUGAGAAGAAUGACACAAUUGCUGGGCAAGGUGACCGGAACCAUCUCAUCACAAAGCGAGAUCUCGCCCUUAGUGAAGGAGAUGUUCACACUUUGGGUUGUGGAAUUGCUCAGUGCUUGAGGAUUGUCUGCCAGGUUGGGCGACUAGACAGAGGCAAGAGUGCAAUCCUGUAUGUGAAGUCUUUACUGUGGACUGAGACCUUUAUGAAUAAGGAAAACCAGAAUCAUUCAUAUUCUCUGAAGUCAUCUGCUUCAUUUAAUGUCAUAGAGUUUCCUUACAAAAACCUUCCAAUUGAGGAUAUCUUCAACUCUACAUUAGUUACCACUAAUGUCACCUGGGGCAUCCAGCCAGCUCCCAUGCCUGUGCCUGUGUGGGUGAUCAUUUUAGCAGUUCUGGCAGGAUUGCUGUUGCUGGCUGUCUUAGUUUUCGUAAUGUACAGGAUGGGCUUUUUUAAACGUGUUCGGCCACCUCAAGAAGAACAGGAAAGGGAACAGCUUCAACCUCAUGAAAAUGGUGAAGGAAACUCAGAAACUUAACUGUGAUUUUUAAGUUAUACUGCAUCCCAGAUCACUAGAAUUACCAGAUUGAUUGUAGAGUUCAAUUUCCUUCAUGAGGAAUAAAAUUAUAAGACUUCUGCUGAAGGUACUCAGUGACUUCCGUCUAACCACAAAAUUGAGAGCAAUAUUUGUUGGCCUUCUCUUUAUAAGUAAGUUCAGACAGGUUAAUACACAUACAUUGCCCUAGAUAUUUAAAUAAUAAAAUUUCACAUGAUGGUUUUUAUUCAAUGUACAUAACACAGGUGGUGCCUCAGUUACUACUUUAUAUAAAAUAGUAUCUAUUACAAUUUUCAUUUCUGAUUUAGUAUUUUGGGUUUUGCUGUUUAUUGUUGUUGUUUUAAAGCAAUCUAAAUUUGGACCUUAGCAUUCACAUUUUUUUUUUUUUUGUACAGGUACUUAAUACAUAUUACACUACAGUUGACUUGUAAAGCUACUAAAAGCUUUGUAAUUACCUGAACUUGGAUUUUAAUAUCUGUUACAUAGAAUUUUUUAAAAAAUUAAUGAUACCACCAGAAUUAUUUC